UGCAUCUAAUGUACUCUUUAUCUCUGCCAAUCAUCAACGAUCAGUUCCUUCGUUUCUUCCGUCAUCAAUGACUCUCUCUCCACCGUCCCAACAACCGUCUGCUACGACCUUAUUAUCUCUCUAGAAAGCUCACCCCAAAUAUUACAUUUUUCAUCUCUCUAAAGAGGGAGCCUUGUCCACCGCAAUGGCUCGAUCCGCUUCCCUUUUGCGGUUCCUCUCACUCUUUUCUCUCUUAUUUCUCGUUCUCUCUCACUCUUAUGCCGUCGCCGAUUCCCACUUUGAGGGUUUCGAAGCCGAGGAAGAGGAGGUCGUUGAGGAAACAAUAGACCCUGUUUCAUUUAAACUUACCGAUCUUAAAUUAACUCGCUCCGACUCACCAUCAACACCAAUACCAGAUCCCAUAUCAGAAAACUCUGAACCGAACCCGAAUUCCAAUCCGGAUACUCCCUCGUCGAAUCCAGAAUCGGAUCCUCCAAAACCCUCAUCUCCAGCAUCAACAACCACCUUUGAUUACUGGGAUGAAGAUGAAUUCGAAGGUCUACCUGUUCAACAACCGCCACUCGAAACCUCUAAAACUACCGAAUCUACCACUCCGACUGAUAAUCAAAGCAUGGAUCCGAAACCGAAACCGAUAUCAACUAAGAAGCAAUCCUAUACAGUGGAGAUUGUGUGCGUUUCUUUCUUGAUAAUGUUUAUUAUCAAUUACUUUACUGGUAAACGCGAAAAUGAGAACUUGGCACUAUCUUGGGCAGCGAAAUUUGCUACUAAAGAUUCGAUAUUUGAGAAGAAUUUUAGUCUGUUAGGAGUAGGAGAAGGUGACGAUUCACCACUACUGUUGAAAGAAGGGCAAAAUAUUUUUAAAUUUUAUGCUAGUGGUCGAAGGUACUGUCAAGGAUUACUGGCUACAAUGGAGUUGAAGAGCAGGCACGAUUUGAUUUCCAGGGUUUAUAAUAUGAUCGUGCCUUGCAAGGAUGAGAUUACUUUUGAAGUGUAUAUGAAUGAUGAUGCAAUGGAUCACGUGGUUUUCGCGCUGGCAAAGAAGAAGGCAGCCAAAGGGAUGCAAAAGGAAGUGAGGGAUUUGCAGAGAUUCGCGGGGCUUCUUGCACAACCACCUAGUGGGAGGAAAGAGGUAGUCACUGAAAGGAGGAUGUUGCAUGGGAGUUUGAUCACUGCACAUGAAUUUGAAAUUCUGCAGGUUUUUGGUGAAAAAGCUUUUGAGAAAUAUGGCAAGGGUUUCAUCUCCAUGCAUUUUUCUGAUCAACACCUUGGAGUGCACAAGAAGAUGCUGUUGUUUAAGUUUGCACUUCCUAAUGCCAAUAACAUGGCUGAUAUGACUAGAUUGGUUGCGCUUAUUCCUUAUUACAUUGAUCUAAUUGGGCGCUACAAGUUGAGUUCACAGGCCGAUCGAAAACUAGAGGCAGCUUAGAGUGAAAGCUGCCCAGGAGGCACUAACAAAGAACUUCAGGAUGCAAGACAAGAACAGAAAGCCUUGCAGAGAAAGAACGGCAGAGAGAAGAUGCUGCAGAGAAAGAAGGCAGAGAGGAAGAAGAUGCAAGAGGAGGCUGAAGCAAAGCUCAGUGCAGAAGCUAUUCGCAAGAGAGAGGCAAAAGAGCGUGCCCGUCAGAUGAAGAAAGCUAUGCCAAAAGUAAAGAUGACCCGAGCUCACUAGAUAUUAAAUCCUCUAAUUGGGCAUUCAGGAAGUUACUUUUUUACAUUCUUCCCUCAAUCCAAUCAUAUUUUACCUGUUUCUUUGGCUUCCAUAGGUAUCUCAGUUCUAUGAUCUCAAGAAGUGUACUUUUAGCUACUGUUUUGAUUAAUUUAGCAUAGUCUACAUUUCCCAUCUUUGAGAGUUUUGAAUGUAUGAAAAUGCAACACUUGGAAACAUAAAUUUUUUCUUAGACGACAUUCUUUUAUCUGGUUUUGGAGUAGGUGGAGCCAUUUUCCGCUUUGGGGGUCUAAUUUAUAAUAGCUAAAACGUUUUCCUUAA